AUAAAAGGAAAUUUAAUAUAAACUAUGUUUAGACAGGGUUAUUUAGCUAUCAAUUUUUCUACGGAAUUUUAAUUCUGUACAGCAUGCGCAUACUGACAAUUUUUACUUUCUACAUUUUAUGUUCACAUCGGAUCGAUUUCGCUAAUUCAUGGUUAAGAACGGUUCGCCGUUCUUUUAAUUACGAAAUCGGAACACUUGACGACGGAAAUAGAGGAAGCAUAUAGCAUAAAUAUAGCUUUCCAUUAUAUUAAAGGAUUUUGCAAGAGUUUUGAGAAUUGAAAAACAAAGUAAACAUGGUUUGCAUUCCAUGCAUAAUAGCUCCUGUACUUUUAUUCAUUUGGUAUAAAUUCAUUCAACCAGUUGUUCUUAAAAUCUGGAAUCCAUGGGCUCCUAAACAAAGUAUUAAAAGCUCUGCUGAAAAAAAUGGACAUACCGAUAAGACAACAGCUUGCCCGUUUUCAAGUAAAAAAGAAGGUUGCCAAUCAACUGGGAAUUGUCAGGGAUUUCUGGGAGGUCAGGUCGUUGAAGAUUCGUGUGAAAAAGUGCCAGUUGAUAAAAAAAUAGACUGAUAACUAUCAUUCCAUUUUAAAUUGCUGUUAAGCUAAACAAUUAUUUAUUCUUGUCAUUGUAACUUUAUAUAUAAAUACAGACAGUUCUAUUUGUAUUGUAACUGUAUACAAUUUCAGCUUUUUAUUUCAAUAUCUGUUCAAAAUGUAAGCAUACACAUUCCCACUUAUGAAUAAAGUAUGUUUUGCAUCAAA